CCUCCAAUAUCCCUUGAAACUCUGCACGAAAAUCUCCCUUCUCCCACGCAAAAACAUUCUCCCUCGGCUUUUUCUUGGUCAUAGUUUAAAAAAAACAACACAUCCAACAAAAAACGAGUCAUUAUUAUAGCCAUUUUUUAAAAUAAUUAUUUGACUUUUGGCAUCAAGAUUCUUGAACAAAUGAUAAACAAAACGGGAGGAACCAUGAUGGUCGUCGAUCUCAAAAACACACCUUCCAACCACCACCACAGCCAAAGCCACAGCCUCGGCUGCGGCCAUAACAAGCCACGCCCUAAAUUCGGCGACCUCUUGAAGGCCGAUCACGGAAUAUUCUCCUCUGGCGAAGAAGAUUCCUCCCUCGACGUCAACAAUAACAGUGUUAACGUUAACGUUCAUCAUCAGCAACGUUACAGCAACGCGUCGGCGUCCACAAUGAGCAGCGCCCCGACAAGCGGCGAGGGUUCUCCGUGCGUAAUGUCGCCGUGGGCGACGGGUCGGUCACCGUUCGCGACCCCUUCGAGCCGAGGCUUCUUAGACGAUGUCUUUGAAACCAACGGUCUCAUAGGGUCCAUCGUACGGGAAGAAGGGCAUAUAUACUCACUCGCUGCCGCAGGAGAUCUUCUCUACACAGGCUCGGACUCGAAAAACAUUAGGGUUUGGAAGAAUUUGAAGGACUAUACCGGGUUUAAAUCCAACAGUGGCCUCGUGAAGGCCAUUGUGAUAUUCGGAGAUCGGGUUUUUACUGGUCAUCAAGACGGUAAAAUCCGGGUUUGGAAGGUUUCGAAGAGAAACCCUGGCCGACACAGGCGUGUAGGGGAGGACAUGGUGAAGAGUUCCAUGAACCCCAAGCAUUACAUCGAGGCUCGUCGGAACAGGAAUGUCGUGAAGGUGAAGCAUUUCGACGCGGUUUCGUGUCUAAGCCUGAACGAAGAAGUCGGGUUAUUGUACUCCAGUUCUUGGGACACGACCGUGAAAGUGUGGAGAAUCUCGGACUCCAAGUGCUUGGAAUCGAUCCGUGCCCACGAUGACGCGAUAAACUCGGUCGUGGUAGGGUUCGACGACUUGGUCUUCACGGGAUCGGCGGACGGGACGGCCAAGGCGUGGAAACGUGAGAUUCAAGGCAAAGGGACGAAGCAUUUACUGGCUCAGGUUUUGCUGAAGCAAGAAAACGCCGUUACGGCGUUAGCCGUCAACUUAACGUCCGCCGUUAUAUAUUGUGGCGGGCCAGAAGGUUUCGGGUUGGUAAACUUCUGGCAACGCGAGAAGCGAGGCCUCUCGCACGGAGGCACGCUCCGUGGGCAUAAAUCGGCGGUCCUGUGCCUCGCCGCGGCGGGGAAGCUCGUGCUGAGCGGCUCGGCCGACAAGAACAUAUGUGUCUGGAGGCGCAACCCGGAUGGGGCCCACGUGUGUCUGUCCGUGCUGACAGGGCACAUGGGUCCCGUCAAGUGUCUCGCCAUCGAUGAGGACAGGAGCUUCAACCGCCGCAACCGACGCGGCGGGGCAGGUACGGCCACGGCGGGGGAAGAGAGCUACAGUGGAAGCGUGGAUAAGUCGGUGAAGGUGUGGAGGGUGUCGGAGCGGACACCGACGUGGCAUGAGAUGGAACCGUCGCCAGAUAUGACGUCAUCGUCUCCACCAUGUGAAAAAGGGAAUGUGUAGAUUUCGUUUUCGGCGGCGCGUGAACGAUCACGCGCUGUUGUUGAAGUAGUGGACGAGCACUGAGAUGACGAGCGUGAGGGUUGCCACGUAUGAUCGUAGCCGCGAGGAAUCGGUUGAGUGAGUCAACGAAUAGGGUGAUGCCAAGUCAGCAGAUUCGAUGGUGAGUGCGUUUGAUGGCUGUCACGUUAUUGAUUUUGAUUUUUUCCCCCUUUUUUACGGUGAAAUUUGUAACAAAACUCGAACCAACAUGUUCGUGUUUAUCAUGUUGUGUAAUAAUUUUUUUUUUCUAUAUCCAUUUUCGAGUUGUGCUGUUGGAUUUGGAAUUUUUUUUGUUAAA